AUGAUCCUCCAGUCAGUUCCGACGGACGACUAUGAUGAGGAAGAGAACGGCCUGGUAUCUAACAGCCCCCGUCCGCCCGCCACAAGGAAACUCCCGCUCAAAGCACGGCGGGUAACUGCCGCGGACCACCGAAUAUCGGAGGAGGAUGAGGUGAGUUGGAAGCUGGUGGCCCUUGGCAUCUGCUGCUUUCUCGGCGUAGUCGCCGUGGGUGCGUCGCUGGCCGUCUUGUCCAGGGUUGGGCAAGAUGCCGAGGGAACUUUGCAGGGUACCCUCGGCAAUGGAGCGAAAGGCGUAAAGCCAGUGCUGGCCAUCUUUGGCUUCAGGAUUCUUGGGGAGGAAAGUGCGGAACAGGCGCUGCCCACCAACAAUGCGGUAGCUUGGGUGGCCGCUAGCCUUCUCAAGGACCAUGGCCAUUUGUUGCUGCAGCCUUACGACGAAGGGCAAGCAGCUUUUGCAGUGCCACAGGGAUCUGAGGGCCCAAACGGUCCCCGCAUCCCGGAUGGCCAGCUGGUGCAGAGUUGGCGUCCUGCCCUGCCCGGCAGCCGGCUUCUCCGUGCGAAGCGCGCCCGACCAAGCGUCCUCCGCCACUUGGUUGCACAUGGCCCGAGGAUGCACAGCGCAACGGCACACCACGGCAUACCACAGCACAUCAGCUCUUAUCGCUUGGAGAUCGGUUAUGCCAUCUGCAGCUUCAACUUCAGACUUGUGUGGCACAGGAGGCGUUGUGGUGGGGCCCAUCUCGGAGAUUCUCCAGGUCUGACCGGCUGUGAUCGUUGA